AUGCAUGCAAUCCAUGUGGUGAAUCUACAGGCACAAGUUUCUUACUUACAAGCCCAUUUGGCAUCCCUAGAACUACUUCAACCGCAAACGCGACCACCUCCUCUACCGCAACCACAACCGCUCUUCCUCACUCCUCCACCACCUUCCAUAACAGAUUUACCUGCAUCAGUCUCACCAUUACCUUCAACAUACGACUUAGCUUCUACCUUUGAUCAAGCAGCGUUGCCUUUGUCGUGGGCAACACAACAACGAAGAUCCGGUGAUCCACGUCAUCAAUACGGUGGAUCAUCAUCAACUUCUUCCACAACCAGAGGGUUCGAUUGUGGAAACAGUGACCUCGAAGCAUUAGCACAUGAGCUCUAUUAG